UGUUGUUGCUAUCUGUGGUGUCAAUGGAUUCUGUUAUUUGUGUUUAGAUACGGAUCAUCAUGGAAUUGGACGCUGAUAAACUUCAGGAGGCCAGAGCAGUUUUUAAAGAUUUUGACCGAGAUGGGAACGGUUUUAUUGAUGAGUCUGAACUCGGGACAGCAUUACGAAGACUUCGUCUGAAUCCUACCCUUAAAGAGAUACGGUCGAUGAUUGAAGAAGUGGAUAGAGACAAUAAUCAUAAAAUAGAUUUUAAUGAAUUUCUACACUUCGUAAAAAUAACGUACAAACACCCUGAGGAGCUGAGGUGUCACUUGAUGGAAGCGUUCAAAGUAUUUGAUAAAAAUGGUGACGGGUUUAUAACAUUUAUGGAACUGAAAUCAGCAAUGACUGAAAUGGGAGAGUGUCUCUCCGAGCAGGAAUUUAAAGAAAUGAUUCGAACUGCGGACCUCAACGGAGAUGGAAAAAUUAAUUAUGAGGAAUAUGUCGCAGUGAUGUGCAUGGAUGCAAAUGGGAAGUACCCAAAUUAGAUUUUGUACAAAAAAAAAUAUCUGAAAUCGACAAUGUGUUUCAUUUG